CUCGUCCGCAAUACAAACGCUCCAGCCGGUUCCUCCCCUGGCCGCCGGCGCGCUGGCGCUCAGUUUCCGACUCGAGCAAGUGCGGCUCGAGCGACUUCGUAGGACCGACACAGGGGCCGAGAAAGCUUCCUCCUCCCCGCCACUUUCCGCCGCAAUUUCGGCUGGAAAGUAUCAACAGGCAACUGCUGCAACAGGCAACUAAAAAGCAACUUACAGGUUUUCGUUUCACGUCCGCUCAGUGGAUCCGCCCGUCCGUCGGAAUGGUCAAUUACGGGUCUUUAUACCGACCGCGGCAUCGACAGCACAAGGCGGCGUCCACAUCAUCGCGUCCCAGUGAAACACCCUCCACCGCGUCGUCCACGAAUACGCAGGACACGCAGCAAUGGGCGAGCAGCAGCGGCCGCUCCAACUUCAGCACCGCCGGCACCGCAGAUAGCGUCACGCCCGACGCGUAUUUGAACUUCAAUGACCAGCAGCAGGACGCGCUACUGCUGGAUGCGCGCGCCAACGCCGCCGCGCUGCUAGUGGACGCAGUGGCGGACGCGGAUAAGUGGCAGUUCGUCACAGCGCGCGGCUCGCUCAACAUCUACGAGCUACGCGCGGACUCAAUGGAGCGCGUGUCCAGCAUGAUGCCCGCCGACCCGGCACAGCUGCAGCACAAUAUGCACACGAUGCUGGCCACGACUCGCGUACGAGCCACACUCGACGACUUCAUGCGCCUCAUGGCGUCCCCCAAGCGCGACACGUACCAGAACGUCCAGGCGGCGCUGUUUGAGGAGCGCGUGCAGAUGGCCGACGUGUUCACCAGCUUCGGCAGCCUCCCGAGCGGACGCGUCGGUCGCAGCUCGUCCACGUCGUCGUCGGUCAGUUCCAGUUCGCGCUCGCAGAGCGGAGCGGAGACGGAGCAGUACGCAGUGAAGUACGUGUCCAUCAAGGGACGCGGGCCACGCAGCAACUCCGGCGCGGCACUGAACGCCAGCUCGGCGUCCAAUUCACUGAAAUUCGGCGGUAAGAACCGACACCGCGAACGACAGGCGGCGCGACUGCACAGUAGCAAGAAACACAAAGGCGUCGAGAGCGCGCAGGAGCUAGGACUAACCAUGUGCCUGGCCGAGUACGCGACCAUCCGUCGCGCGCAGAUCCGCGGGCCCAUGGCGCACAACCAGGCGCAGGACUUUGAGGACCAACGGGUGGGGAUCAUCUCGCACCACUCGAUCGAAGACCCAGCGGUCACGAGAUACUGCAAACCGAUCGUGACGUCGUCCCAUGCAAAGGCCAAGGCGUCGUCGCCUCAACCGGCCAACUUUGUGAUGACGGCGCGAGCGCUGGUGCAGUUCUCGGGUAUUGUCGUGUACCCCAUAGCGUCGUCCAUCGCGGGUGACAACGUACUAGAAGUGCUGAUCAAGUUUAGCUGUUAUGACGCCAAUGGCGUGACGACGACGCGACGGAUGAACAUGUUGUCGUACUUGACGGCGUUCCAGCAGCUGAACACGGCGCUGCUGGUCAUGCGGCUGCGUGAGUCUCCGUACUUGACGUCCGAGAACUGGGUCAAGUCUAGGAAGAGCUGCUGUGUGUGUCAAGGCAAGUUCUCCAUGUCGCGGAGGAAACACCACUGUCGUCUGUGCGGUGACGUCGCGUGCUCCAAGUGUUCGGAGAUCCACCAGAUCAAACUGGGCAAAGCUGGGAAAUGUCCGUUCCGGAUCUGUAUCAACUGCGAGCACGGCAUGGACGACAACCAGCGACAGAGCAGAGGCCAGAUCGCAGCCGGAGCCGCGCAGCCACCCAGGACGCCCGUGA